CUAUAUACGAUGGUAGAGAUCAGCACGAAGCCUUGAACAAGGGAGGGAAGGGGAAGCCCCAAGAACUCCCAAUCCGAUCCUUCUAGGAUUAGGCUCGGGGUUUACUUUUGCCUCUCUCCAUAUCCGAAUCAAAUGGGAUCCCUUCGAUUCCUUUCCCCACUCCUCCUUUUCCUCUCGGCCAUCGCCUCCGCCGCCGCCUCCCAAUCCCUCCUCCGGAUGGUCUCUGAGAACCCGGCCUCUGGCGACACCGAAGACCUCUACUGCGACAGCUGGCGGCUCUCCGUGGAGACCAACAACGCCGGGUACUGGGAAACGAUCCCGGCCCGAUGCCUCCAGUUCGUGGCCGAGUACAUGAACGGCGAGCGCUACGCGUCCGACUCGGACGUGGUAGCUGCCGAAUCGCUGGCCUUCGCCCAGACCGUUCAGGUCGCCGGCGAUGGGAAGGACGUCUGGAUUUUUGACGUCGAUGAGACGCUGCUCUCCAACGUCCCCUAUUACGACGUCCACGGGUACGGAUGGGAGGAAUUCAACGAGACAGCAUUCGAUGAGUGGGUGAAUCUGGCAAAGGCGCCAGCUUUACAGGCGAGUCUAAGGCUGUAUGAGGAGCUCUUGGGUCUAGGAUUUCAGAUGAUCCUUCUGACGGGCCGGGCUGAGGCUCAAAGAAAUGCCACCGAGAAGAAUCUAUCAUUCGUGGGGUACCAUUCCUGGAAAAGGUUCAUUUUGAGGGAAGCCUCUGAUAUUGGCAAGAAAGCAGUAACCUAUAAAUCAGAAAGACGAGCACAGUUGGAAGCUCAAGGUUACAGGAUCCAUGGGAACUCUGGGGAUCAAUGGAGUGACUUGUUGGGUUCACCAAUGGCUAUGCGAUCCUUCAAACUCCCAAACCCCAUGUACUACAUUCAAUGAUAUAUUUGGAAAAUGACCAAGUGGUGCUGAACCUUUUCCAAAUCCAUAGAAAUUUAUUAUAAAUAAAACUAUUUAUUUUAAGAAGAAUGAUUCAA